CUUCGGGGUCCUGGGGGUGCAGGUGAUUCUGAGACUGGCAGCGACUGGGCAGGGAAGGAAUGGGUGUGUUCUGGUCCUUGCUGCGGCUCAGCCCUAGUGUGGCACCUGGCACGCCGGAGCUGCUUCACAUCCGUUAGCCAAAGGAGGGAGUGCAUGAGAACGCAUGGAUGGGCUGGCUGCAGCUGCCAGAAAUGACACAGGCGGAUUCCAGGAAACAGUAUGGCCGCUUCAGAAAACGGUGCAGCAGUGGGGCUGGGAUCCUUGUAUCUAGCCGUGCCUCUGAGACCCAGAGGCCAUUCCCCGGAGGCCCUGUCCUGGGUGCCAGGGACACAGCCAUGGACAGAACGGUCCCCGCCCACAGGGAGCUCUGGGGGAAGGCCAAAACAAUCAAGUUCCUAGAGGACAGGGGUCAGGUAGCCAUGAAUACUAUGAAGGAAGAUAAAGCCCGGGAGAGAACAGAGGGGUGCCACAGGCCUCUGGGCAGGUGGGGUUUGGAAGACCCUGAAUGGAGGAAGUGGGCCCGUUGGAAGCUGGGGAAGGGAGAUGGAGGCAGAGGGUCCGCAUGUGGGCUAUCAGCAGCCUGUGUGGAGGACUCGGUGACCCCAAUCAUCUUGCGUCUCAACUUCUCCCUGGUGGGCAAGCCCAUCCCUUCGUUCGGACACCUCCAGCCUAUGCUGGCUGCAGAUGCUCCCACAUACUUCACAGCCUCUCUCCCCUUUGAGAAGAACUGUGGAGCCGACCACGUCUGCCAGGAUGACCUUCGCAUCUCCUUUGGCUCCUCAGGGUGAACACCCAGCCCCUGGCACCUGCCCUGCUCCCUCAGCCCGCCCUCCUCCUGAAAACUAGACCUCCUGCUGGG